AUGGUAGCCAAUCUUGUCCGGUCGCUGCCGUUUUGGUUUCUGCUGCAGCGGCGAGCACUUCGACCACCACCAUCUUUAUCACCACCGUCUUCCUUAGCGCGCGCAGAAGGGCGCCUACAGUUAGGGAAAAUAGAGGUGGACGCAUACGACCGACUCGUCAACGAUUGCGGCCGCCCGCUCUACCCAAUCGAGUUCCUCGACGACGUUUCUGCAUCCUUCCCAACUGGUCCAAUCAGGGGCCCAAACAACCAACUAUACUACGUCGUCACCGGUGAUCCCUACAGGCAUCAGGAGCUGCUGCGGCCCUGGCUAGAGGAUAUUGCGGCGGGCCGUUACUUUGAUUCGUGGCAUGGCGAGACGAGGACAGAGUACCCCUGGGAGAUAUUCCAAAAGCAGUGGAUGAGAUGGGUCAUGUUCCGCAGAUGGCAGAAGGAUAAUCGCGAUCUGGCAGAUGGUGACGGCGGGUUGGAAGAAUAUCUCGAGGUAAACAAGCGUUACGCGAAACGCUAUUAUGGCGAGCUUGUUGGAGCAGAUGAGCUAUCCAAACUCGAGGACGACCAGUCAUGGCUCGAGAGGCGUUGGAAGUAUGAGCAACAGAUGCGCGAGUUGCAGCGACAUCACUGCUGUGAAUCGCGUCCCACUGGGCCUGCAUUCCCCAACUACGUCGACGCGGUUAAGCGCCGCCUGGCCCGACACGAUUUCAAACGCCCCUUUGAGUUGAAUCAAGACCCGGAGCAACAGGGCAAGCUGGAGACGUGGAUCGAGUACCUCUACUUCGAGUACUGGUGGCUCGAUCUCUUUACACUUGCCAUCGAGCAGCGGCAGCAAAAAUGCGACGAGGUGUGGCGGAAGCUCGGAGACGCGGCGGCACUGCGGCCAGGCGAGACGACAGAUUACAUCCGCACCGAACAGUGCGCGAUGCUGUGCGUGGAUGAAGAGCGCCAGGCUAGAGCAGAUGUGAAGAGAGCAAAAGAAAUAGUUGAGGAUAUCCUCGAAGCGACGCGGCUCGAUUUGCGCCGGCCGAGUAGUCCCCAGUCGGAACGAAUACCGAGGUUGCAGCAAGGCCACCAAGGCGUGGACAGGGCUCAGAUGCUGCUAGAACGGGCCAUGAAGCGAAGUGGUCUUAUUAAAGAGUUUAAAAGUUUAACAGACGAUUUAGAAACUGCGAAGAGGGACGCAGCGCGCCAUCGCAUCCUCCUUCAGUGGAUUUUGGAUCAGGUUCCUUUGAUCGAGGCCGAGUUGGGCCGAAACGAAAUUGUCAGCGGUCUCGACGGGAUCAGGGGGAGCAAGGCGAUCAAGAGAAAGCUUGGCGGCUCUGAUGGCGACAAAACCACAUGCCAAACAGGAAUCGAAAAGCGGAGGAAGCUCGGCCCAAGCCGAAGCAACGGUAUGGUUAUCCUCGACAGCGAAAUCCAGCAGAAGCAGGUAGUCCCCUUCAUAGUCAGUGGCACUGGAGAGACUCCGCCUCGAGACAAACAGCAGCGCUCACAGGCCCGAGAGCCUCGCGCCAGGCAUUUGCGUCGGACUCAAGCCGCGCGUGAAGCCGCGCGUGAAGCCGCGUCGCAAGGCCUGCGCCGCAGCGCUCGCAAGCCAGACGUCAGUCCCUUUGGCUCAAACUUCCGGAAGAGUGCUGAGGCUACGACAAGGGGGGAUCCUGUCCAACCUGCCAGGGUACCGCCAGGUAGAGGCGAUGCGAAACUCCCGGCGGAGAGGAAGAAACGCGCGAUGCAUCGCGCCCAUCAGGAACCCGUGCUGUCCACAAGAUGA